AUGAGUACUGAAUCCCAGAAACCAUCAACACCGCAGCAGCCGCAAAUUUUUUCAGAAACCACCAAGAAAAUCAAAAGAAUCCGAAACACGGUCAGCGGCGCCGCCGCAAGUAACCACCCGGUGUACCACGGCGUCCGAAUGCGCAGCUGGGGCAAAUGGGUGUCUGAAAUCCGGGAGCCCCGCAAGAAAUCCCGCAUAUGGCUUGGCACUUUCCCUACACCAGAAAUGGCAGCCAGGGCUCAUGAUGUAGCAGCUUUAAGCAUCAAAGGGAACUCAGCAAUAUUAAACUUCCCUGAACUCGCCGCCGUACUUCCGCGGCCGGUAUCGCUCCGCCCACGUGACGUUCAAGAAGCCGCCGCAAAAGCGGCAGCCAUUGAAAAUUUUGACCUGUCACCACAAUCUUCUUCUUCAACUACUUUAUCUUCACAUUCUUCAUUUUCAUCUUCUGAUUCUGAUGUAGAUUUGUCAACCAGUUCAGAAGAUUUAUGUGAGAUAAUUGAAUUGCCAAGUUUAGGAUCAUAUUUUGACUCUCUAGAACUGAAGAAUGAUGCCGUGUUUGUUGACAACUCAGUGGAUUAUGGAUGGUUGGAUCUUCCUCCGCAGCCAGCUCCAUGGCUGAGCACUGGUGGCGAUGAUGGUGGCGGAAUUUUUGAUUUUCUGUUGUGGAAUCAUUAA